AUGACUCCUACUCAAACUUUACAUGAACUGCAAGCUACUGAUAAGUACAAGUCUGUGUCAAAGUCUCUUGUCUUUAAAUGGCACAAACGAUUUGUUGAUGGAUGGACAGAAGAACAGAGGGGAAAUGCAGGGAGACCCAGAGAAUUUGACGAUCGGCUGAUUCAGUCAGUUACGGACGCCAUUAAGGAAGAUCGGAGACUGACUAUCCGGGAAGUUGCAUUGAUAAGCGGAUGUAGUAAAUCAACCGUGCAUCGCAUACUACACGAAAACCUGAACAUGUCAAGAGUAUGUGCUGGAUGGGUACCGCGUUUGCUAAGCAAUGAAGAAAAAGAAACGCGUGUACGACUGUCAACCGAAUUUCUGCGGCGACAUGAAAUCGAUCAACAAUUUCUUAGCAAAAUUGUAAGCGUCGAUGAAACAUGGCUCCAUUACUAUGACCCGGAAGAUAAAAGACAAUCAAGUGUGUGGAAAACAGCUGCUUCUCCGCCACCGAAAAAGGCAAAAGUUACAAAAUCCAUGGGAAAACACAUGUUUAUCGUGUUUAUUGAUAGGAAAGGGGUACUUCUCUGCCAUGCAGUCCCACUUGGCCAGACCGUGAAUUCUGCAUACUACUCAAAGGUAAUCAGACGUGAUCUCUUAAAUGCGAUAAGAAAGAAGCGUCCAGCGUUUAAUUGA